UAAUCAGCUGUUUGUUUGUUUACAAAAAAAAUGGGAGGACCUCCCCCUCGACGUUUCGUCUGCUCGUCUGUCUCGAAACCAAAUUGUCACUAAUUGUCAAAUGCUACAUUUUGACCUCUCGAAUACGUUGGCCUACUUUUGCCAGAUUUAUUUCAAUUUCUACCAUUUCAAAAAUGCCUCUAAAGUUUGCCGCCAACUUGUCCAUGCUGUUCAAAGAGAUUCCCGACUUGGCUGAGAGAUACUCGGCCGCGAAGCGAGCGGGUUUCCAGGCGGUGGAAGUCAGCUUCCCGUACGAGUGCCCGGUCGAGAAGCUCGUCGAGGUUAAAGAGAAGGAAGGGAUGCAACAGGUUUUAAUCAACUCUUUUCCAGGUGAUGUAAAAGCCGGAGAUCUUGGUCUGGCAGCUGUCCCAGGCCGAGAGACGGAAUUUCAAGAGACUCUGGAAUUGUCCAUUAAAUACUGCACAGCAUUGAAAUGCAACAGGAUGCAUGUCAUGGCAGGCGUGACACCAGACUGCACAGAGGGUGACAGGCCAGCACUGCUGAGAAAAAUGGAAGAAACUUUUCUGUCCAAUCUCAAGUAUGCGGCAGAAAGACUCAGUAAGGAUGGAAUCUUGGCACUCAUUGAACCAAUCAACACAGUUGUAUCCAGACCGGGGUACUUCCUCAGUCGACAAGACCAAGGUGUUGAAAUUAUCAAAAAGGUUGGCCAUCCAAACUUGAAGUUGCAAAUGGACUUAUUCCAUGUCCAAAUGAUGCAAGGAAACAUCACCAACACCAUCAAAGAAUUCUUCCCUUACAUCGGUCACAUGCAAAUGGCCCAGGUUCCCCAUCGGAAUGAACCCAGUGCAGAUGGUGAAGUGAACUAUGGUUUCAUUCUUUCUUACCUCGAGAGCCUUGGAUAUGACGGCUGGAUGGGUGCUGAAUACAUGCCAGCUCAUGGAAAAACGGAGGACACGCUGGCAUGGCUAGAGAAGUACAGAUGAUGGAAGAGCUCUCGGCUUGGGUUGGGUGCUGUCACUUGCUAAAAAAUGUACAUUCAUGAAUUACAUGUAUAUCCAAAGACCAACAACACAAAAUGAGCCUCAAAUCACAAAUUGUCAUAUUGCAGCACAGUGGGACAAACAGGCAUGCAACUGGGAAUUUAGAAGAAAAAACAAGGAAAUUCCAAACCACACAAGACUUUGUACAAUAUUUUUGUAAUGGCAUUCAUGAGAAGUAGAAAACAAGGAAAUUUGCGGAUCGGAGGAUAAGUUGAAUGCCUGGACAAAGCCAAAUUUUUGUAAUUUUCUUAUGUGAGCCUCUAUCCAUACAUCCUCCUUUAUCUUUUCCAAUGGUCACUUAAUUCUGGAUGAGGAGCAGAAACAUUUGUGAGUGGCUUAAUCGUCCUAAGGGCUCCGUGUGCAGACAACAGAGGGCGCUUUUUUAACCACUUUCAAGAGCCCAGUGGGACACACUGCAUGUGCGUACUGGUUCGCGCACAUAUAUUGCGCGAAGUACACAAGACUAAUUUUUUUCGAAUCUGCACAAAGCCAAAGUGUCUACACACGAGUGUUAGAUAUUGUCGGAAAUGCGCUCCAAUGUCUCUCGCAGUGGUCUCCCCCAACUCUCCCUUUCUUACUGUUGAUGGCUACUUGUGC